AGCUUUUCAAAGCUGGAGUUUGCCAGUUUUUGUUGAGAAUAUCGCACAGCUUCUGAAACGAUGCUGAAGUUCGGCAGAUUUGGGGAGUAUUUGCUUUUCUAUAAAUCAGUUCUGCACCACAAGUGUUGAAAAUUUUGAUUUGCCAUGGCAGGAUUUGAAAUACGGUCUGUGGGACCCUACAUUCUCGAAGGAACUUUGGGUAGAGGGCAAACCGGUACGAAUCAAUGAUUUCGCGCUCUCUAAAUUUUGUACUUUCAUUUUUUUUAUUACAGCUCGCUUGACUGUUUUUGUUUCAUUUCAACAGGGCUCGUGAAACUUGGAAUUAACUGUGUCACCAAGAAGAAAGUUGCAGUUAAAAUUAUCGACCGUACGAAGCUUAGCGAGCAAGUUUUAAGCAAGGUAGGAACUUCUCACAAAUUGGUUGUUUCAACGUAAAUAAGAACUUUAGGGAAAAUUGAAAGAUUCUAGAAUAUUCCGACGAUGUAAACAUGCAAUUUGCAUCUGAUUGUGCGAUGAAAAUAACAAACGGCUUGACAGAUCGCCAUUUAUUUCCACAUUAUCUUGUAACGGGGUUAUCUUCAUUACGUUGCAGCCAACAUCCAUGUGCAAUACGAGAAGUAAAUCAGCUUAUUUACGCGUCGUUUGCCAGUAGUAUCGUACCAUUCCUGUUUGUUUCUAGUGAAGCGAUAAACACUGAAGUUUCGUCUUAGUUUUUGCCAAAACUUCCCUGUUUGAAAUAUUGAUGAGUUUCAGGCUUGCUUUGUUUCCCUAGGAUAUUUGGACUAGAUUUUUCGUUCAGCCUGUUUAUUGAGGUUAGGGUCAAAAUUUUUUUUUUGUUUUAAGCAAGUUUGUGCGCUUGAAGUGUUUCGUAAAUCUUCCGUGACAAAUAAAUUCUUCCGCCAACUACAUGACAGAUGACGGUAAUUUCGACAUAAGAUAAAACUCAAAACAAACAUUCGCCUUUUCUAUUUCACAGUAAAACAUUGUCAGUUGUUGUGUUCUGUUUUCUUUAAAGAAAAUUUAUGUAAACUUAGGUUUAUGGUUCGCUUUGUCCGUCGACUGACAAACGUUAUUUCGGAGACAGUGCUUCUUUUUGCGAAAGAAAAAAAUAUUUAGGGUAGGAACAGAACUUUAUCCGGAUAAAUAACUUCUUUGCAUACGCUAGAAUUUUUAGAAAUUGCUUCCGUUAAUCUACACGUUGUAUUUGUUAGUUUUGGGUGACUAUCUUAUGUCAACCGGCCAAUUAGGGGAUUUUUAUUACAAAACAUGCAGAUGUUGUUUUCGAGAGUUCGAAACCGAAGAACACUAUUUUGUUCGAUGUGAGAACUUACGAUCUCAGUAAGAUUCCGCGAGUUUGCGAAAUUGUGGUACAAAUUUGACCCUUGAAAUCGAUUCAACGUUACCUUGUAAACAACUUCUAUCAAUCACAGUCUGACCUUAUUCUCAAUUCGCCGUUUGAGUCUCACUUAAAAAAUUUUUGUACUCUAAUCUAAUUCAUUUAAAAAGGUGAUAAAAAUUUAUCUUUUUUCCCCAUCAAAAUAUACCAUGUUUUCUGAAAUGUGUGAACAUGAUCAACUCGUCGACAUGUCUAUUUCUUGUCAAUUUUGUUACAUUUCAUCGGUCAACACCAUCACAACGGGGCUCUUCUAUAUUUGCAUAGUACAUGUAAUAAUUGCGCCCCCAAUUGUCAGAUUUGAAGAAUUUGUUUUGUUUUGUUUUUCUUGAUGCAUAAAGGAAAUUGAAUAGUACAUCAUGUUCGCACUUGAAGCUGUAUUGAGGAAAUCAAAUAAUCAAAUGCAAAUAAAUCUAGUCAGACAGUCUGCAGGAAGUAGAAAUUUCGUCAUGUCACUACGAUUACUUCUGAGAAGAUUGUAUGGUUAACUCUCGAAGUUGUUAUUUUGUGCUUCAUUCCUACUGUGCUCUUAUUUUUUGGCAAAACUUCUUCAAGGAAGAAUCAUUUUUGCUACAAUUUUUAUACAUUAUAUACAAGUUACAUUUAUGAUGUUAAGGCUCAUGUUUGUUGCAAUUAUUGCAAAAUGUUGAUUUUGAAAAGACUUGAUUUUGCAGAGUUUGUGUUGUUCCACUACAGCAGUAAUCUCCUGGAGAUAUUGCAGUAAUACUGCCAUUAUAAAAGUUCUUUAUUGAAUAAGAACAUUUCUUGGGGUCUUAAUUUUAAGGGAAAAAAUUUUUGAUGAAACCUCAUACCUAUACUUGGGUGGGAUGACUGUUUUCACUCCUUUUUGUCAUAAGCUAACUUUCUCUUCUUGAGUUAGUUGUACUGCUGAUACCAUUACUCCUGUAUAUAAAAAAAUGUAUCUUUUGGGCUUUAAAUUGAGUUGAUGUUUAAGAAAAAUGUCCACUGCCUAGUGAUAUUGCUCUCACAAGUAAAUAUGAUAUAUUAAGCCUCCUGUUCAAUGGGAUGGUCUUCAGGAUGCCGAAUUCUCCACCAUAGCUCCCACAAGUAAUUUCUCAGGUCCCUCUGCCUUCCUUACAGAUCACUAAGAUCUUGCGUGAAGAACCUUCUGUAAUGGUUUUUGAGCAAGUUAUUCUUAAAUUUACCUUAAGGUUAAAUAUGAGGUUUUGUGCUGUGUGAAAAGGUAAUUUUGUAGUCAGAAUGGUGUGAUAUGAAUGCCAAAUUUGGCAUCAAUUUAGAAAUUGGCUCAAAAAAAUAUUCUUCACAAGAUGAGAACCUAAGGUUUACACACUCAGAUUGAUGUUUUACAGUAUUUCCAUGCUUGUAUGUGCAAUUCGGACAUGAUUCAUUAUCAUAAAUGAAUGGCAAGGGAAAUAAUUCCUCAAGUUAUUUUUAGAAUCAAGCUGAAAUAAUCAACAUUGCUUAAGACUAUAUUUCUGUACAUUGUAUUGGUAAAAGUUUCAAUUUUUUAAAGCCAGCAUCAGUUGAUUAUCUUAAUGAAACAAAUACAUGAAGUUCAAGUGAAGAUUUUGGUCUCUCAAGCAUUGCAUGACCUUAAGCUAUGGUGUGAUGUAAAUACAGAAACCACUUAUUUUUAAUUUCCUGCACUGAUAAUAAAAACAUGAUAAAAUUUGGUCCUUUUUAAGUAAAAAAAUUAUGAAAUAGUUUCCUUAUCUAAUAUCCUCUUAGUAGUAGAAAUAGGAGAUACUGUUGUUAUUAAAUAGAUCCCCAAUUUUUUUUUUCCAAAUUAUAGACUGAAAUAAAGGAUGAACCUGUGUUUUUUUUGGCUUACCCUGAACAUAUUUCUUUAAUGGCAAAAUUUGCAUUUAUCUAGUGAAUAAUUCUGAUUUCCCAUUAUGAUAUCAUUUGUAAGAGUUGUUGAUUGAAUAAAACAAGUAGAUUUUUGUAUGAAUUCAGCUUUUCUUAUUAAUGCAGUCCAAAGUAAAAAGCUUCACUGAUUUUGCCACAGUAUUUCCUCAUCUACUUGUGGGUGUGAAUCAUCAGCUUGAGAUGUGGUUAAGUAGACAACACAGAUUUAUUGUAAAACUUGAUUUCCAAGGCCAUCCAUAUUUUGUAGUAUCUAUCUACUUCAAAACUUGAAGAAAAUUAACCUUUUCUCAGAAAGGAAAUUGUAAUCAAGGAAUUUACUGACCACUGUUUUUAAUUGUAGUUUGAUUCAUUUGACAUGAUAUUUUCAUAAAAGAACAUGUGGAUUAGACCUUGGGGAAUAGUGUAAAUUCAUUUGUAAUUCAUGUCAUCCCACCAUACUUUGUUUAUUUACAUAAUUGUGCAUGAUGUGUUUUUUUGGUUUAAAGUAAAACUGCACUGUUUUGUUUAUCUUAGUCUAUUUUCAGCUUUUGACAGGUUUGAUUGAAGUCCAGAGAAGUAUUUUUUUUCUGGACAAACAAGUAGUUCACAGAUUUUGUCUAGUAAAAGGAAAAACCAGCAUGUUUCUCAGAAAAGAGCGUAUUUUUUUUUCAGAGAGUAUUUAGGUACAUGUACUGUGUUCGUGAAAUACACAUAGUUGAUUAUUUACUGUGACCCUGAGAGAGUGGUUUUACAUUUGACUUAACCCUUUCACUUCUAAGAUCUCAUUAGUAAUUCUCCUUACUGUCUGCUGUAAAGUUCUUAUGAUGUUAGUUUUAGGGAAUUUGGUUUUUAACUGGCAUUUUUCUUUAUUUUCAUCAUGUGUCUGCUUGAUAUUGUAUUGAUAUUGUAAGGAGAAAUUCUAUCUUGGUCACUCAUGGGAGCUAAAGGGAUAAACUUCCUCUCUAAAUGUUUUUACAUUUGACUUAAACUUCCUCUUUAAAAUCUGAAAACUUAAUAGAAAAUGCUUUUAAAUUUAAGAGCAUGCACAAUAACAGAUUUAAGUGCUCUUUAAGGCAUAGUGAUAUGAAUGCAGAGAUUGUAUACCGGUACAAUGCUACUUUAGCAUUGCUCCUGCCAUUCCUGUGUGUUUUUCUUACGCGAUUAACACUGCAGUUUCAGCUUAGUGUUUCCCAAACCUCGAGCUCUGUAAAUGUCUGAGGGGUUCCAUGAAGUUUGCACAAACCUUUGAGCAAAUUCAGAAUGUAGAAUUGAUUCACACAUUACUCAUAACUGGGAAAUGGCUUUGGAACAUAUUUCUUUGAUAGCAUUUCAACGAUUGACAUGCAAUUUUUUAUUUGUCACAUGCUGAAUGAUGCUGAUUCACAUGUGUGUAUCUUGGUUUUCUUUGUUCCAGGUUGAAAGAGAAAUUGCCAUCAUGAAGCUUAUCGAUCAUCCUCAUGUCCUUGGACUAUACGAUGUUUAUGAGAGCAAGAAACACCUGUGAGUUUACUGAUACUGUCAAACUCUUGCUUUCUCUGCCGUUGUUAACUUUCAAAUAUCUUCCAUGAUAAUAUCAAGGUCCUCAAAUUGUUGAGAUCUUAUAGGUCCCACAUAAAGAUAUAGGGAAACGUAAGGAUCGUGGCAACUUCUGUCACUUCAUCAACUAACUGGUCAAUAGUUGAUGGAUGUAACCAGGUGUUUCAUUGAAAGCCUGUUAGCAGUGGCCAACCCCUACCUCUGUCUAUAAGCUUUUUAUCACUGUUUCUUUAAACUGCAUGCAAGCAGGUUAGUCUUUGGGUUUCAGCCCCUUGUAGCCCCUUUUCAUGGCACAACUGCCUAUGACACCAUUGGCAGCUGCUUAAUAUGGAAAUGCCUCCACACCAAUAGAUAGUCAACAGAUAUUUGGAGGAUAUUUGAUGAUAGUCAACUAAGAGUUGACAGACUCGCUUGUGAUGUAUAAUGGCAACUCAGUGGUGUGGUUUUUACUGCCAUGAUACUUGACUGAUACUCCAUCAAUACUUGAUUGAAAUCACUAGUUACUGACCUCAGCUAUCAUUAUGACACUGCUUGUAAUUUUUUCUUCUUUUUUUCAUCAUUUAACUCUUUUGACCCCUUUAGAGUGACUAGUAUCUUAUUUCUUCCUACAAUGUCACCCCCAAACUCAUUAACCCUUUCACUCCCACAAGUGACCAAAACAGAAUUUCUCCUUACAAUGUCAAUACAAUAUCAAGCAGGCAGGUGAUGAGAAUAGAGAAGAAUAUCAAUCAUGGGAUUAUUAGUUGAUCCAAUACCAAAUUCUCUGAACUAACAUCAUAAAAAUUGUAUUGCAGAUAGUAAGGAGAAUUACUAAUUAGAUCUUGGGAGUGAAAGGGUUAACUCCCAUGAGUGACUAAGACAGAAUUUCUCCAAGUACAAUGUCAAUACAAUGUCAACCAGAUAAGUGAUGAGAAUUAAGAAAAAUAUCAAUUUGGGGAAAAUAAGUUGAUCCAAUACUAAAUUCUCUGAGCUAACAUUAUAAAAAGUAUAUGGUUGACAGUAAGGAGAAUUACAAAUUUGAUCUGGGAGUUAAAGGGUUAAGGUCAUGAGAAUAAAAGAACUGAUCACCAACCAAAGAAGCUCUUGUUUGGGGAACAAACUCUCCCUGUCAGCUCUUAAGGAAAUUUAUAGAGAGCAGUAUGGAGAAUAUGCAUACUGAUGUUAGGAUAAAAAGAAUUAAACUCAAAUGUAUCUUGCUCUUUCUUUUAGAUUUUUAGUGUUAGAACAUGUUUCUGGUGGUGAGCUUUUUGACCACCUGGUCAAGAGAGGAAGGCUUCCUCUGGGAGAGGUAAUAUGUUUAAAUUAUUUUUGCUUGACCACAAGCUUUAAUUUUUACUGAAAAUGUAACUCAGCAUAUUUUGGAUUAUUAUAUCUCUCAGUUAGUGUGUGCGAUAUGAUUGGUCCAUUUUGCAGGCUAUGUUUCACUGUAUGGCCUACUAAAUUCAAAAGUUUGUUUUGAUUUCCAAUAUGUCUCUUGAAGAAAAAUUUGAAACAGAUUUCAGGAACACUAUGCAAAUGAGGAAAUAGAGCAAAGCUCCCAAACUUUCAAGUUGGAUUCUUAGAGUUUUUUUGAAGAAGACAAGCAGCAAAUAAAGAAAGAUGACCAUCCACGAUGAAGACUACUCAAAAGGUCUUCAAAUACUGUGAAAAGACAAAAUAUAAGUGGAGAGAGUUUGAAGGGUUUUGCAAACAGCCAGUUGAUGGAAAAUUAAUGUUAUGGACAUACCUGCUGCAUUGUGUGAGGAUUUAAUGCACAUCAAUUAUCAAUGGCCAUUCUGCUUGAAUCGAAAUCUUUCCCCUUCUAUUUUAACCCAGAGAUAUAAUAAACAUCUUGCUAACCUCGUUUUUCUUGGUCUGUACUGUAAGUUACAGAACCUUUCUUUUUUCACAUAAUGUAUGAUGUCCUGGGCAUUUCAUGCUUGGGCCAUAAAUCUGAGCAGAAAAAACUUGGUCUGUAACUUACAGUAGGGCCCUUGAACUCAGUUAGUAAGAGGUAUUUAUACCCUACUUUAAUGAAAGUUCAGUGUAAAGUUUUUAUGUUGACUUUGCUUGUGGAAAAAUAAUUUUCAGGUAGUAUACUUUCAUUUUUCUCUCUUAAUUAGGCAAGAAGAUUUUUUGCCCAGAUGAUCUCGGCUGUUGAUUUUUGUCACAAGCAUUGUGUUUGGUGAGUGCAUGUUUAACAUAUAUUUUUGCACUGACCAAGCUUUACUUUCAAACUCAGAAAAACCAUUUAGACUUGAAAUAUGUUCUGAUUUUGGUCUGAUCUUCUCAACACAUUAAAUACUCCAGAAAUAUUUCUGGUGUUCACAGUUUCCUGACUUCUUUUCAUGUUCUUGCUACCUUUUGGUGUUGUUCAAAGAAAGUGUGUACAUUUGUAGACAGCCAAUUAAAGUGCAUAUGAAAAUUUCUAUAAUAAUGUAGCUUUUAAUGAUGUAUGUACUGUAACUUGUGUUUGGUUCUCACUUGUCCCCAAGAUGUUACAGUCAAGUUUUAAUUAUUUCUUGUAAAUAUGGGCAGUGGCUUUUACAGGCUAAAAUUAAUUCAUAAUCUUGUCUUUGGUGAAUUAUUUCUUAAGUUAAGUUUUGAUAUCAUAUUCUUGAAGAGGUCUUCCCUUAAUUGUGAGACUUUUGGCUUUUGCCUGCUAAAUUCAAGUUGUAUAUUUCAGCCACAGAGAUUUGAAGCCUGAGAACCUUCUUCUGGAUAAAAAGAUGAAUAUAAAAGUUGCAGACUUUGGAAUGGCAUCUUUACAGGUAUAUGUGUGUGUUUGCACAUAAUUCUAAAGUAUUUUGACAAUUAUGUGUCUUUUUAUUUAUUUUUGUUAACCCUUUACACCCAAAGAUCAGUGUACACAUUCUCAGUUCUGUUUUCUGUACAUUUCCUAAGGUGCUGACAAAGAGAUUUUGCUUAACAAUCAAGAGCUCUUGUACUUGUUGAUCAUUUCCAUUAUUCUCGUGACCCUAAUGUUUGAUUCAGGGGUGAUAUUGCAAGAAGAAAUUAGAUGCUUGUCACUCUUAGGGGCUAAAGGGUUAAGUGUCUCAGAAAUUGCAGUGCUUAUUUGAGGGAAAAUGUGUCUUUGUUAAUCAAAAAAGAGGUUAAAUCUUCGAGUCUGCCUCUUUCAUAAUGGAAAAUGUUCCUACUCUUCCUUCAUGUGCAUGCAAAUUAGUCCUAGUCGUAUCACUUUUGAUUUAAAAUUUUAUGGUUUUUAUGGGGUUGGAAAGGCUUAUUUACAUGCAUUUAAGAGAAUUACAAUCAGCCCUGCCAUUCCUCAGAGGGGUGUGCAGCCCAGAACUGUUUAUAGGUGGACCAAGGAAAAACUGCUAUUCUUCUGUCCAUUGCAAGGGAGGGUUGGGGGGGGGGGGGGUGGGGUGGGGUGGGACUAUUCCUUCUGUUCAUUGCAAGGGUGGGGUGGGAUAAAAAAUUAUGUGGCCCAUUGAUACUCCUUCAUAGCAAGAGGUAUUGUAAGGAGUAAAAAAAUUAGUUCAAGUCAAGAGAUAAUGUGACUCAGACUGAUCCUUCAAAAAACAAAUCAUGAAAAUAAUGCCAUACAAUGUUCAUGCUUACAUUCAAUUUUUGUAACAAUGUUUGGCCUCAUUUUAUUGGCAGGUUGGAGAUAAUGCCAUGCUUGAGACCAGCUGUGGGUAUGCUACAUAUACUGUACUUUAUAUCCUUUCUUUAAAUGUUGUAUAAAAUGAUAGUAAUACACAUUUUAUAAGUGCAUGCUAGACAACUUCAAACUGUCAUUUUGUCAUUUCUCAAGUAUUUUCUUUUUCAUCUUCUGCCAGGUCUCCACAUUAUGCUUGCCCAGAAGUCAUUCGAGUAUGUACUAUCCAAAACUUUCAUAGUAUGCCUUGUCUAAUAUAGUUUUACACUGUUCAUUUUUCAAUCUGCAUUGUAUGUAAUUUGUGAGGUGAUUUGUAUUUUAGGGAGAAAAAUAUGAUGGUCGAAAAGCAGAUGUUUGGAGCUGUGGCGUUAUCCUCUAUGCUCUGCUUGUUGUAAGUUAUCACUUUACUAAGAGCACAAUCUAUCCUAUGUAAAAGAUGUACAAUUGAAUGUCAAAAGUAAUCUGGGCUUUAUCUUGUUUUUCUUUCCUUUGCUGUGUGCUUGUUCCAGAAAACUUGUACCAUCCUCUUAACCAGUUAGAUUCAAAACCAAAAAGCAAUGUCUGUCAGCAUUGUGCUUGAUUUUACUUUGCAUUCUGAUUGGCGCUUUGUGAUAUUUUCUUUCUUCUGAUUGGCUGUUUCAAUCACUUUGGUUUUUGUUUUGUGACAGUCAAGGGAAAAGCUCUCUACUGCACCGCUUGUGAGAUAUACACUUCUAUUUUCUUCAUUCUCUUGCUUCCCCCCUCCCUCCCUCCUCUAGUUGAUGUCUGUUUUUCGACUGAAUGAUUGUGGCAGAGGUGGCCAAAGUCAUCCAGUCCAUUGCCUACAUGCCUUCAAUUCAGCAAAGCUAUGCUCCAACAGUGCUUGGUAACCCACUGAAAGAUACGUCACCUUACAUUUGGGGAACUAGGAAAUUAUCCCCAGCACAAACCGUAGAGUAUUAUGUUGGGUACCCUAGAUGCUCAAGUUUAGAGGUUUAGGGAUCCGGGAACUUUCAUAAAACUCUUAUUAUCAGCACAACACCAUUUUGCAGAUUGGUUAAAUGUACUCCCAUAAUCAAAGAUCUAAUAAUUUUUAAUCGCAUUAAAGAAAAAAAAAACUGAGAAAACCAAACGAGAAGUUUCUUUCUUAUGUGUUCUACUCUUCUUCUUCCUCUCAGGGAGCACUUCCUUUUGAUGAUGAAAAUUUAAGAAAUCUGUUGGAGAAAGUGAGUCUAUAGUACUUACUGGUCAGAGUGCUUACUAUGAUUUUACUUUUUAAUCCUUUGACCCAAUAGUGACCAGGAUCUAAUUUCUCCUUACAAUAUAACCCCAGAGUCAAACUUUAAGUUCACAAGAAUAAGGGAAACGAUCACCAACUAAAGAAGCUCUUGAUUGUUAAACAAAUUCUCCUUGUCAGUACCUCAUGAAUUGUGUAGAGGACAGUAUGGAGAAGAUGCAUAUACUGAUGUUAGGGUGUAAAUGGUUACUGGGAUUUAAGAAAUUUCUCUGCCAAGUAGGACCAGUCCAGUUACUUUGGUUACGAAAGUCCAGUCGUUGUUUUCCAAAGCCGCGUUCUAAACGGUCAGUUCAUCAUUAUGUGAACGUUGAUUUUUAUGAGAGGUAACAAAGUUGUAUAAGGCUUUGAUUGGAGACAUCUUUUUUCGCUCAAAAAUUUUUUUUUCAUGAAGAUUAGAAAACUUGAAGUCCAUCGACUGUGUAAUACCCCAGCCUCAAAAAGUUUUCGUCUAGACACCUGGUUCUAAGUCUCUCACGUAACGCGGUAAUGCUUAAAUCGAAUCGCCCUCCCUCACUCUCUCCCAAACAACAUUGGAUUUUGUGUGCCUUGUAAACCGUACCGAAACUUGUUGACUGUUUAGCUUAAAAACAUUAUUAUAAAAGGGGGGGGGGAAAUUCUAUGUAUACGGCCGAAUCGGCAAAAAGUGGUCUUUUGUUAUAUAUUUGGGUAUAGUAUAUGUUUUCAGUAACUGUCCCAAUAAGUUUUGACCUCCAUAACAUGUUUGUCUUCUUCCAGGUGAAGAGGGGACAUUUUAGCAUCCCAGUCUUCAUACCAACUGAUGUUCAGGACAUGAUCCGAGGGAUGAUCAAUGUAGACCCAGCGAAAAGACUUACAGUUGAGUAACAAUGUCUGUUGCCCAGAUAGUGAUGUAGAUAAAUCGUGAGGGAAAUCUUAUUUCUGAGCUUACUAGAAUGAUACUGAUGGCGUAAUCCGUGUUGGUUUGUAGAUGGAGGAUGUGAAGAAGCAUAGUUUUCUUAACAGGUGGGUGAUUUUUGCCGCAAGGCAAAAGCUCGCUAUUCGAUUGAGUGUCUUAAAACCAAAACCAGUUAAAACAAUCUCAACAGGUAAUCAGAAAAUAGGAAAAUACCUUUAAGAGCCAAUGAUUACUCAAAGUAAAGCCAACCAAACUGCCCAAAGCGCGGGAAAACGCGGGUGACCAAGUCGUGAUUGCUUUUAGUUUUACAUCUGAUUUGUUGAGAAAGGGGCACGAGUUUUCUGAACCAAUCACAGAGGGAAUUAAAGUAAAACUUAAUCAAUCCAGGAUAAUUUUCAGCAUUCAAAUGAAAAUUGCUCUUAGACUAAAGAUUAUGUCAUUGCCAACGAAAAAUACACCAUGGUGGAGACAGAGAUUGAAAUUCCUAAGUGGAGCCGCUCAUUAUAUUUCUUUGUUUACACACCUUUUUCCGAUUGAAUUCAAUGUGUGUGAUCUAUUUACAGUUUUAAAGAUGAACUGCCUUUGGAGCCUCACGUUGUCGACAUUGUCAAGGUACUUCCCUUUUUGCCCUUCGCUGCAAAACGUAGUGGAAAGUGCUAAUUCGUACAGAAAUCAAACGUUGGGCAUGCUUAAGAGGAUCAAUUUUGAAGAUAUGUGCGCUAAUGUCCCUGCAAAAUUUACACACUCUGAAGCACGCCAUUUCGCCUCUACAACGUUCGCAUAGGCGAAUACGUUUUACAGCUGUGUUUACACGAAUAGUAUGCGAAUACGUUUUACAGCUGUGUUUGCACGAAUACUAAUCGGCGCGAUAACUAGAGAUUGUUUUUAGAAAUGGGCCUACGCCUCAAGUGGCGAAAAUAGCGCCAAAAACUGGAUUUACUCCAUUAUUUUAUGAAUACUUUGUCAGUAAUAAAACCUUUGCAUUUAGUUAUACCAGUGAUUAUGAAACGACGCGGUUAUCCGGUGUGACUAUCAUUGAGUGUUAUUGUGGGUAAGAUUAUUGUAAUGAUGAUUACAUGUAAUGUUUUCUUUUCCAUGCAGACGGAAGUUAUCCCAAGUAAAGAUGAAAUUGACCCUGAUGUGGUGCACAGUAUGUCUUCCUUGGGCUGUUUCAAGAAUAGAGAGAGACUUCUUCGUAACCUCUUGAAGCAAGAGUAAGUCCUUUUGAACGGUUGCCGUAGAAUGUCAUGGGAAUAAAAGUUUUAACCCUUUUACUCCUAAGAUUUGAUCGUUAAUUUAUCAUUCCAGCUCUAACCUUCAAUUUUAGGGGGCCCUUGCUCAAGAAAGGAGACGUAAGAACUGAAAAAGUGUUUGAAACGUUACUGUAUAGUCUUGUCAGUGAGUAAGCGUAAAAGAGAAAGGCGGUUAUGACAGGGAGAGGCUAUAUAGCAGCCGCAACAUCAAUCCUGUUGUCAAUUAUGUUGCAAUUGAUUGAAUCAAAUGAAUUUAGUACUUAGAAAUUUUAGUUAUCCUUGGGCGCAAUAUUUUAUGCCCCAUAUGACGCUAAGACUUAAAUUUAAUGCGCCAUUUUUGGUCGAUUUGUGUAAAUUCCGCAAAGCCGCCUCUAGGAAGAAACUCUGAAGUUGAACUCAUUUAUCCUUUAGAAAGACGAUAGAAAAAGUCAUCUACUUCAUGCUACUGGAGAGGAAAGAGAGAUCACCGACUCACGAGGAUUCUGCAGUGGCAACGAUAAAGAAUUUAAAAGAAAUUUGUAAGGUUUUUUGCUUGGCAAUAGUGCAAUUUUCAUUUAAGUGUCGUAAGCGAUCUGAGAUUGUUUUGGUUUUAUUGUACUACGCCGUAUGAUUGGUCCGGAAAACUCGCGCAAUCUCAACCAAUCAGAGGCGAUAAUAAACCAAUGGCGGCUGAUUCUUCGUUCAUUUCAUCUGACGCUGCUUUAAAAUUCCCAGUAGCUCCUUCUGACAAAUCAUUUUUGUCCUAAUAGAGUCAGCCAAAACAUGGAGUCGAAAUUAACUUCAUGAUGGGCCUAUUAUGUGUUUGUGCGCUUGCUGUUUGUAGCUUAGAAAAGGAAGAGUGCAGAUGAAUUCAGAAUUUUAGCCUUUGAAGAGAUGUGUUUCAGAUUGCCCUUUUUGUUCUGACCCACGUUAGUAAUACGGUUGUUUUGUUUUAUAGUGGAAGAUGCCCCAAGGAAAAGGGUCGACUCCUGUGGAUCUCCCAGAUUACAACGACCAAGGUCAGUAUAUUCACCAAAAAGGUAUUAACGACAUCGAUGACGGUUCACGAAAACUCGAGAUGUAUAACGCAUCUUGAAUAAGUGUUGGGGGGUUAAAAGCAAUUUUAACACGAUAAUCAAUUGGAUGAAAGAUUAAUAACUCGAGGAACCAGUGAGAACUCAGGGUUCAUUAUUUAAACUGCUGGAAGUGCAGGAAAUCGGGAAUGGACCCGUUGAUUAUUGGAUUUUGGAAAGGCUGGCGCAAGUUUUGCAAACCAAACUCGCAAAAUUAUCGCCCAUGAAAAGUAGUCAUUGCCAUGUGUUCCAUCCUCUGUCAACAGAAAAACGUCUCUGACCGCUUCACCGCCUGUUACUCCGAGGACAAGAGCUGAGACCUAUUCCGGGGUCGUAAGGUAGAGCUGUUUGACAAUAUAGCAAAAGCGUUAUCAAAUCUAUACUUAAAAUGGAGCAAUGCUGUCAGUUUUACUUGACCUUUUAAUUUCGAAUGUCAAAUGACUGCAGCCCUCGGAAGCGCAUUCGGGAUCGACUGAAAAGUUGAUCUUGACAACCACAGAAUCAAAGGAACGUUUUCCCUCAGAUCAUAGAAUUAGGAAAAUAUUCGCGAUAGAUUAUAACCUGUUGAGUGCGUAUUUGUCUUCAUGUGUUUUCUUUAUCUGCUCAUGUAUAAUCCUUACUUUUUUCAUUUGUUUAAUUUCCCUCCAUGCGUGAGUACAACUAGUUUACAGGUGCACCAGGAUAAUCAUUAUCAGUAGAGUAGUACACAUGCGCAUUAUGGGGCAUAGUCAAUAAGGGUACAGGAUUUUGUACAAUGUGGUACAAAAUUAACUAAUAGUUUGGCCAGAUUUCCAUCCAAGAUGACGAUUUGAUUUGUUACUUUCUCGUCAUCUCGAUUAGGUCAGUAAAAGCCGGUUGGGCGGCAACACACCAAGGUAGUGCACACCAGGUGGUACAAAAUCCUUCAACCUGAUUGGCUAUUCAUAGUGCCUACGUAUACUACUCAAUAGCACUGGAGCAUUCACACCGCACUGAGAAGGAGUGUUUCAGUUCGCACGGUGCUUGUUUUAUCCCAGUUAACGAUACUUAUUCGCGUUCUGUUUGUUUUCCUAGAGAGGUGGACCUUCUCCAUCAUGGAACUUUGUCUGCCAUUGUUUCACUGCUUUUUAUUUCAAUGUUUGUAGUCCUUUGGUGCAAGUGAGUCCCCGACAUCAGCCGUUUACCGUGCAUCAACAAGAAAGUCCCUUGUCUACCCCUCCUGAAUCACCCACGCACCACGUCACCACACCACCAGGUAGCCCCUGGCGGACACGACUUGCCACUUUUAAGAACGCGAUUGUGAGCUCGCCAAGAUUCCACAGAAAAAAGUUAUCGAGUAGGUAUUGAGAUGCCAGAUAAGGUGAACUGUGUGUAGACGUUUUCUAUUUUGUUUCCUUUCCUUCUCUACUCUACUAUAUAUUAAGCAAUGGAAAACUGUUUUAAUGUACACGAGUCAGUUGGCAAUCAUUAAGUGGUAAUAAUCGCAUUUCGACUGAGUUUGGUAAAACCAAAACCAAAGUAAUCAGAAGAAAAAAAAACAUCACAAGAAGCUAGCGCGAACUCAAAAUAAAAACAAGCAAUCGCCUCGAGGCACCUUAAUCCUUUACACCUUAACAUCAGUAUUUAUAUUCUUCAUACUGUUCUCUUAGUUGGUGAUCAUUUCCUUUAUUCUCAUGACCUUUAAUGUGUGAUUUAGGGGUGAUAUUGUAAGGAGAAAUUAGAUGCAAAUCACUCUUUGGAGUUAAAAAGUUACCACGCGAGGAACCAAGUCGCGAUAGGUUUUGAGCUGCGGGCUAAAAUUUGCGCAGUUGUAGCCCUUGAAGGGAACUUCAUUUAGUUCGAAUUGAACGACGUCAAGAAUGUAAACAUUUGUACCCUAUAGUGAAAACACAAACCAGCAAGGCGAGGGGAAAAAAACAGCUUUGGCAUUUGUCUUGUACUCAGCGUAUAGGUUGCGUUAUAAUGGUCAGCAGUUGUUAGAUUUUAUCGUUAUCUUGUUGGUAAAGAAGAAUUUUGACUUUAUUUAGUUGGCUGAUAGACAUAGCACAAGUAGUUUUCAACAUCCGAGCUAAUGUGUCUUCCGACUUCACGCUAAGAAAACAAAAGUAGACAAAUUGAUGUAGAAUAGCCCAACAAGGAAAUCUUCUUUCCUCCAAUGAAAGGAAGAGUGGUGGCUUCGAAUACUAUUGAAUGAUAAACUUGUUUUCGUCUGUUGUUUCUUAGAUUGCGUAGAAAACAGCCCAGUGUCCGCCUCGCCUGACUCGUCUCCUGAGUAAGUUUCAGUGUUUAAACUCUGCAUCUUUAGUAAAGUCGAAAGACAAAUAAUCUCACCCCCUUUUCGCCCCCGUUUUUUCGCCAACAACAUUGCGGUGAAUUGAAAGAUUGGUCAUUUAUCCGAAGUGAGGUGUUAACAGAAAACUAAAGGUUGUUUUAGAAAUUCCCUGUCGAUUUUCGGCCUUUGAAAAAUGGGCUAACUGAAUUUUCUGAGCCAGAUUUUAAAGUUAAUUAUUUAAACGUUAUGCGAGUGUCUACUAGGGAAAGCACAAGGUUAGGAAACGAACGAUUUGUUCGUUAUCAUUGCUUUAGUUUAAUAAACGUUUUGCAUCUUGUUGGACAAACCCAUGCAUACAACUCAUUGUUAUGAAUUUAGUGGGGAAUUAUAUUCUUUAACACUGUUUCUAAACGUGUACUAAGGUGAUUUUUCUCUUUUUCUUCAUUUGUUUAUUUAUUUAUUUAUUUAUUCAUUUUUUUUAUUCAGCAUCGUUAAACGUUCAUGGUUUGGUCAUUUAGUGUUAGGACACCACAACUCGCACUCGAAACACGAGGUAAGACGAGUUUUAAUUUAUAUCUCAAUGAUGCAGAGUUAAUUGAGAGUUGAUGUUGCACCAGUAAGUUUUCAGUCAGUAUAAUUUUAAAACAAAACUUCUUUUGGAAUGUUUGCUUGUGUACACAAAAUCCUUUGCCCCUUACAUAUGUAUGUAUACUCUCCAUUCUGUUUUCUAUACAUCUCCUAUAGUUCUGACAAGAAUAACUUGUUUAACAAUCAAGAGCGUCUUUUGUUGGUGAUCAUUUCAUUUAUUCUCAAAACCUUAGUGUUUUAUUCAGUGGUGAUACUGCGAGGAGAAAUGAAAUGUUAGUCAUUCUUUAGGCUUUCGCGUUCCGCUUUGAUAUACUUAUUGUUCAAACUGAUACCAAUUCCUCUUCUUUUGUUGUCCUUUUAGCCUUUCUUUAUCGUCACAAGAGAAAAGCCUUUCAGCACUGUUAAAGCGGAUGUUGUCCAUGCAUUUUUAUCAGUGAGUAAAACUUGAAUGUCGGUAGAGCUGUUUUUCUUCAAAGCAAUUUUUAAAAAGUGUCGUUUAGAAAUGCGGAAUUCCUUUGUUUUUGCACUACUUGGCUCUGUCCUCGAUCUGGAAACCUCGUACCACGGUCUAAUCCAAUCAGUUAUGAAAUUAAAACCGUGAAUGUCUUGGUCACCAGUGUCUAAGUACUCCUGUACAAGGAGAUUGGCUUUUGUUUGUUUUGCUUGUUCUGGUUCCCUUGCCCGUCAUUCUUACUUUGGUUUUAGCUCUCCGACAGUAACCAAGUAUAGGUGACUAAAAGGCGGUUUACACGGUAGGAAAACCCGGGGACGGACCCGCCAAGAAAGAAGUACGAGCCCAAAAUUUGGUGUAAACUGUCAACAAUAUUUUUUUUUAGAAACGUACCUAUCUUUCUUAAAGUUUUGGGGCCAAAGGCGACUAUGGCCUCAAACCGUGAAAGAACCUGGGUCCCUGCCACUCCCUUGAUAUUUGACAGGUCCAUACCUGAUUUUCCUGCCUUGUAAAUGGUCUUUAACUGAUACCUGUUUCUGUGUGUAGCAGCCAUGAUUCAAUAUCAGUGGCCGAUUAAGCCGUAAUGUUUCAGUGAACUGAAAAUGAGUAACUGGUUUUGUAGGUCAGCCAUUUAACUCACUCCGUUCUCUCACAAAACGGCUUUAAGGCAGAAUACAAAAAACCAGGAGGUAUGUUUGGACAGGUGUUAAUGAAUUUCAGUAAUUGUAUUGUUAGGUUGGAAGAAGUUGUAGUCUUUCUGUCCCCCCCACCCCUCCUACUCUCUGUCGCUGAAUGAAGGCAUGAGAUCGUCCUUUAGAAAUACCACUGUCCAGCUGGAGAAGAUGCGGUUUUUUAGUCGAUAUGUAAACAUUUGAAGAUACAGUUCAGUUUCUCUGUAUUGUUGAAACCAAACACCAUCUUUAUUGAUUCGUGAAAUCUUUUCCUCUGGAUUUCCCUCCCUUUCAGGUUCUCCAUUUGGAAGAAGCUAUUAAACCCCUGGUUUUAUCUGCUUUUUCUCUUUCAUUCUCCUAGGAAAGACCAUGUUUAAUAAGGCGGUCCGCAUAUCUGUGAAUAUAAGUCCGACAGACCAAAGUAGAGCAGAUAAAAGUUCCGUUCACACGGUCUCGAUAGUUCUUGAGUCAGGUUGGUAUUGAAGCUUAACUUUCUCACUUCCAAGAUCUCAGUAGUGAUUCUCCUUACUGUUUGCCAUGCAAUUCUUAUGAUGUUAGUUCCGAGAAUUUGGCGUUGGAUCAACUAAUUAUCCCCUAAUUGAUAUUUUUCUUUAUUCUCAUCACUUGUCUGCUCGAUAUUGUGUUAAUAUUUUAAAGAGAAAUUUUGUCUUGGUCACUCAUGGGAGGAAACUGCCAAGAUUCUCGCCAAUGUCAUGGCGGUUUCAUUUCAAAGCUACAUUUUGCCGCCAUACUUUUAUGCAAGGCUGCUCUUUCGUUUUUUGCCUUGUUUUGGUGUCUGGGAGCGAGUUUGAAAAUGUAAAAAGAAAGGAUUUAGCCUCUUGUGCUGCCGGUUGUUUUAGGCGCUUGCUUAGAAUAAAGGCAGCGAUCAUUGCGAUAAGCCGCCGGUCAAUACGCCCGCGAAACAGCUCGCUGCCGUUGGCUACAAGAGGCUUUGGUACGAUAAUCGCGAGAUUAGUACUGGAACAAAAAAUAUCAUUUGCCCAACCAAAAUGUUUUGCACUCAACCAUUUCUUAUCGUAGUAAUUAAAGCGAGUGUCUUUUCUAGAUGUUGCAAGACGUGCAUCAAACAAGGGACAUUUAUUUCCAAUCAUUUUCCCGAUAAAUGACAAAUUCCCAAGUUUGUAAACUUCGUAAAUUACUUAAGCUUAGCUUUCUUGCAAAAUCAGAGGAUGAAAAACUAAGUGUUUAAGGUAACUUUGUAAAAAAUGGAAAAAGAAACUUAUUGAUAAAGUUUGCCAUGUAAAAACGAAAGCGUUUUUAUUGAUCUUUGGCGAUCGUGACUUGAAUUCAUUGAGUUAUUAAUAUAUUAACACUGUUUUGACUGUAGAUGUUUUUCGGUAUUAACUUGCUUGUGUUUUUUAAUUUAAGUCAGUAUUCUAGAAAAUCGUUGAUAAAUUAUUUACACGUCGCUGAAACAGAUUGUCAACUGUGCUCGAUAUGUUUUUACCGCAAAGCGACCGUGUGUUAUUUCCAUAUAUUUUUUACUCUCUAGAUAAAGACGUCACGCCAUCUACCGGCGUGACGUCUUUACGGGAGACCGCUGGUAGAGUGCAGUAACCUUUGCUAGUAAUGUGAUCACGGACGAUACCAUUUCAUAAGGAAAUAGACUAUUACACCUUCUUUUCUCGAAAAAAAAGUGAGUCUCCUAAUUUCAAACAAUGAGUGCUUAUUAUAAGCGAGAGGUUCUCUACUAAGCUAUCAAAGUCUGACGGAUUUAGAAGCUAACUCUUUUUCUGUCUUCUUAAUUGUAGGACCGGUUCAUCGUUUUAAGAAAUUAUGCGAGAAACUCCAGCUCAUUCUCUUGUCGAACGCAAGACGAAGCACUAGUAACUGCCGCGCGGAAGAAGAGAACGUCGACGAAAAGUCCCUAUCAGAUGACAAAAGGUCUUGUUCUGAAAACUCUAAGCUACACCUCGCUCAGUUAUCAGAUACUGAAAGUGAAGGCGAGCUUUUGGAAGGUAAAGACAGUCCCAGAAAAAACGAGAACACUUUGAAGAAGACCGUCAAUGGAGGCAAUAGUGAAAAGCUAGUUUGAAAAAUCAAAAUAUGGAAAAGAUGGAGAGGGUAUCCUUAACAAAAUCGAAACCUAGACGAAAUUCAAGAAAUUUGUGGGAAGAACGAAUUGAAGAAAAAAGGGAAAAGAAUUAUCAAGAAUGAAAUUACACACAACCGCUGAGGGUGUAGAUCCACCGUAAUAAAUGCAGUUAGUAUCAAGGAAUUUUAAAAUUGUUGAUGAAAGCGAAGAAGCGCACUCAGUAUUUAACAGUCGAAUGAUUCAGUGAGGGUGAAAAUUAUUUAUUUAUUUCUGUAAAUCCACCACAAUUGAAUUAAGAUUUUUUAUGAAAACUAUUUCAAUCUUAAAGGGAAAAAUUUACGUAACCUACUGUCGAAAACGGACAACAGGCGGAUCGAAUCCAAUUAGAGAAAGGGCAAGCACCUCGUAACCUUUAACAUCGCAAUAUUUGAUGAGUAAUUCCCCCUUGUAGGUGUUAUACAUUUCUGUGUACAGUGAAACCGCUAUCAAGCGGACGCGGACACUAAAAUGAAUUGUAUUUGGAUAAUUUCAAUUGUUAAAAACCUCUAUUAAGCGGAUGUCCUCGGGACAUUUUCUAGUGUCCGCUACAAUUUAUUUUAGUGUCCACGUCCGCUUAACAGAGGUGUCCACUGAAUUGGGGUUCGUUAUAACAGGAAAUAUAAGACAUUUGUUUCCGAACUCGGCUUGGUGUUCGCUUAAAAGAAGUGUCCCUGUAAUAAUUUAAAUCGAGAUAGAACUUACUUGCCGAUCCAUGUGUCUGUUCUCAUCACCUCUUUGUUCGGUGCUGUUUUGGAAUCGUAAGAGGAAGCUAAUAACGUGUACCUCUGGAUGCAAAAUUAGUGUUAUUUAUGACGAUGGGUAAAAGUGACGAUGAUGAUGAGUAUAUUGAAUACAUUGAUGGUUACGACGAUGAUGAUGUUGGUGACGUGAGUGAUGACUACGAUGGUAACGGUGAUGCUGAUGAGUGUGAUUAUUUCGUAUGAUGUUGACGUUGAUCGUGACGUCAGUGAUGACGAUUAUAGUAGUUUUGAUGAUGACGUUGACGAUAAUGUUUAUGAUGUGAUGAUGAUCAUACUUCCAAAUUGAGACGCAUUUCUUACUGUCAGAAAUGAUUAUGACGAUGACGAUGAAGUAUGAUGACGACAGCUGCGUCUAUCAGCAGCACUGUAAAAUGUUACAAAUGAAAUUUCCAAGUGGAUGGCUCGAUAAAGUGUAUCGGAGGUUUACUUAGAAGUUAACAGUAUGAGAUGUCUUUAUGAUUCAAUCCUAAACCCUUUCAUGUUCAGAUGUUAAAAAAAAACUUGGCUGUCUUGUACUAUCCACCGCGAUUUGAUAAAAUUUUACAACUAAUUAUCUCAGGACAGGUUGCGUGAAAAAGCCUCUUUUUCUAUUUAAUUAGGUCUGCCUAGUUUAACGAGCUUUAUUUAAAAGAUGGCAUGAUUUUGAAAACCGAAGCAGUUUGUCCCAAACUAGACUUUGUUAUUCACUCGUUUUGUAAGAAUUUCACACUCUGGUAAUUCUUCGACCAUUUUUCGGAGCCUUACGCAAUCACCACGGCAACGCUGAGAGAACUGGUGUUUAAAAAAUGAACCUAAGUUCCCCUUUGCGAGUUUCUCUUUCAUCUUGCUAUCUUUAAUGGCGUCAGACCUCAUCUUCAGCGUAGGAUCUAAAGGAGUUGUUCGAGUUCCAAGUGGAAGCUUGAAUGAUUUGUUGUAGGGGUUCCCAUUCUUGGACCACGCAAUAUUGUGUGAUUGCAUGUUUUAUCGCAGCAGAUAGAUAGGAAUUGUACAAAGAUCUAAAAGGCGUGUGUAGAGCUAUUAUUCUGUCCAUUAAAUUAGGUUUCAUCGCGUUCUUGUUGCCAUUGCCGUCCUGGUUUGCCUAAGGUUCCCAAAGAGUGAACUCCGAGGUCAUCGUUGUAAACGUGGUUGACUUUACACCUAUGUUGCCAAAUGAAACGGCUCUGUGAUUCGUGCAAGUUUUCCGCCGAAAGUGUUAGCACUUGGUAGCUAAAUUUGGCAGACAAAAAUUUAUUCCCUUUUUCCAAAUUUCCAUGUGAUAAUUCAUUUGAGAGGAUACAAUUGCUUUGUUUUAUACAAAGCCCCUUAUAUUUAGCUGCGUGUGGUGGAAUAAAUAAUCUUAACCUCCUAGAGGAGUCAUCUCCUGAUGAGUAUUGAGUGACGACUACAGUGCUGGAACGUUUGUCAAAUUUGUUUAUGGCG